GGUUCUUAUCAGCAUAUUUAAUAAAUAUAAAUAAUAGGGUGUUAUAUAUAAUUUUAUACAUAGUAUCAUACAAACAUAUAAAAGCAAUGCUUAAUUCUAGGUUUAUUUUGGUUUUACUUUUUCCAAGUUUUUAUAAGAUUUUGGCUUCAAAUCACUAUGCUCUUAAGCUGGGAGAGAGUUUUAUUAAGAGGCGUUUAGAUUCACCGUUCCAUCUGAGAGAUCCUUGUGACCUUCCCACUUUUUUAGAGCAGAUUCGUAACAAUGAUAGCGCAGAAGAAGCUUUUAGGAAAAUGCAGCGUAAGCGAAGUAAAUUGGAUGACCACCUAUUAAUAACUGCGCAACUUUUACAAAACAUUCUUGAGCGUUCUAAAUGUGCCCGCGUUUAUAUCAAAAUGACUGGGUUGAGUGACUAUCUCCGGACUACGGGAGCCUCAAUGAAGCGUCUUGAGUUUCCCGAAAAACUUGAAAAAGACGCCAAGGAUGGCGAACCAAUAUGUACAAUUUAUGCAAAUUUGGAUUCACAGAGGGAUACUUAUGGGAAUUUGCAGUGCUUUAGCAAGGAGUUUGUCGAUACGAUGAAUAUUGAGAAGGAAGAGAAUUUAUUGAAACUUGAAUUGGGACUAAAAGAUGCCGAAAGUGUCACUGAAAUUAUAUACAGUGUAGCAAUAAAGGGACUUUUAAACAACCCCACAUCUUGGAAAUUUCAUAUGUUAGGCUCCUAUUAUUGGAGAUUGGUUGGUAAUGCAAAAAAUGCUUUGGACUGUGCUCGAUUGUCCGUGCAUUUAGCGCCUGAAGAACAUAAAGACAUUCCUCUGCUAAGUCUGGGAACAAUUUUAGUGCGGGCUGAAGUUUGGGAUGACGCUGAAAUUAUACUAAGAAACGCCGUAAAAUAUGGACCCAAUCAUGCGGAAAACUAUAUAGCCUUAGCCACACUUCUAGCAUUAAAACACGAUUUUAAUGGUGCGAGAGAAUAUUUUAAUACUGCAGAAAAACUUGAUGCCAUAAUGCACAAUAACUCGCAAAGGAUAAAACAGUUUAUAGAAUGUUUUGAACCGUUAGAUGCUGACAUAACCAGACUCUUUAGUCUAGUCAAAUAUAUGCUGAAAGAGAUUAAAGAAGUCAAUAAGCUUAGGCAGGAAAUAACACAAUAUCAAACAAAAAUUAUUCAAAAACAGGUACCUUUGGCGUCGCGUUAUACAGCAAACGACCACAAAUCAAAGGCGGAUCUUUUAAAACGUUAUCAAUACUGCAGUACAAGGAAGUCAGGCGAAGGACAAGAACAUGUCUUAUUCUGUGAUUUCUACUCGGAUCUACAGAUGCAGUUGGAAAGUAAGCAAUUUGACGCCGAACUAUUAGACUGGCAGGUGAACCGAUAUAUAGCUACCCUAUUUGAAAAACUACCGUUCGAAUAUAAGAAACACUUAGAAUUACUGUACAACAAGGCCAUAGCAAUAACGACUGAAACAAAAAACGCCUACGCUAUGUAACGUAAUGUAAGUUAACGCUUAUGCGCAUCUUUUGCUUAUUUUUAAAACAGGUCGUUUUGAUACUCAUUACCAUUGAAUAGGCGGUGUUCUAAUCUCGUCAUUCCGCUUGUAAUAGCUCAAUAAGUUGAUCUACGUCAUAAUGAAGUGUAUAUAUUUUUCUUGAUCGUCUUGACAAUCCAA